AUGCCUCUGCAGGAUGAAACCCUCCGAGAGGUGUGGGCCUCUGACAGUGGGCAUGAAGAAGAAAGCCUGAGCCCGGAGAUCCCGCGGCACCCCAAGCAGCGACCCACCCCGGCACAGAAGCUAAGAAAGAAGAGGACGGAGGCCCCCGAAUCCCCCUGCCCCACGGGAUCCAAGCCCCGGAAGCCCGGAGCUGGGCGGAAGGGGAGGCCGCGGGAGGAGCCUUCCCCAGACCCAGCCCAGGCCCGGGCGCCGCAGACGGUCUACGCCAGGUUCCUCAGGGACCCCGAGGCCAAGAAGCGCGACCCCCGGGAAACCUUUCUGGUAGCCCGUGCCCCAGACGCGGAGGACGAGGAGGAGGAGGAAGAGGAGGAUGAGGAUGACGAGGAAGAGGAGGCAGAGGAAAAGAAAGAGAAAAUCCUUCUGCCUCCCAAGAAGCCCCUGAAAGAGAAGAGCUCCGCAGACCUGAAGGAGAGGAGGGCCAAGGCCCAGGGCCCAAGGGGAGACCUGGGAAGCCCUAACCCCCCGCCGAAACCUCUGCGUGUUAGGAAUAAGGAAGCCCCAGCAGGGGAGGGGACCAAGAUGAGAAAGACCAAGAAGAAAGGGUCUGGGGAGGCCGACAAGCACCCCUCAGGGAGCCCAGCCAGUGCGAGGAAGAGCCCAGCAGCCAUGUUUCUGGUUGGGGAAGGCAGUCCUGACAAGAAAGCCCUGAAGAAGAAAGGCACUCCCAAAGGCGGGAGGAAGGAGGAAGAAGAGGAAGAGGAGGCAGCUACGGUGACAAAGAACAGCAAUCAAAAGGGCAAAGCCAAAGGAAAAGGCAAAAAGAAAGCGAAGGAGGAGAGGGCCCCGUCUCCCCCCGUGGAGGUGGAUGAACCGGAGUUUGUGCUCCGGCCUGCCCCCCAGGGCCGCACGGUGCGCUGCCGGCUGACCCGGGACAAGAAGGGCAUGGAUCGAGGCAUGUAUCCCUCCUACUUCCUGCACCUGGACUCAGAGAAGAAGGUGUUCCUCUUGGCUGGCAGGAAACGAAAACGGAGCAAGACAGCCAAUUACCUCAUCUCCAGCGACCCUACCAAUCUGUCCCGAGGCGGGGAGAAUUUCAUCGGGAAGCUGAGGUCCAACCUCCUGGGGAACCGCUUCACGGUCUUUGACAACGGGCAGAACCCACAGCGUGGGUACAGCACUAACGUGGCAAGCCUCCGGCAGGAGCUGGCAGCUGUGAUCUAUGAAACCAACGUGCUGGGCUUCCGUGGCCCCCGGCGCAUGACUGUCAUCAUUCCUGGCAUGAGUGCGGAGAACGAGAGGGUCCCCAUCCGGCCCCGAAAUGCUAGUGACGGCCUGCUGGUGCGCUGGCAGAACAAGACACUGGAGAGCCUCAUAGAACUGCACAACAAGCCACCUGUCUGGAACGAUGACAGCGGCUCCUACACCCUCAACUUCCAAGGCCGGGUCACCCAGGCCUCAGUCAAGAACUUCCAGAUUGUCCACGCUGAUGAUCCCGACUAUAUCGUGCUGCAGUUCGGCCGCGUGGCGGAGGACGCCUUCACCCUAGACUACCGGUACCCGCUGUGCGCCCUGCAGGCCUUCGCCAUCGCUCUCUCCAGUUUCGACGGGAAGCUGGCCUGCGAAUGA